AUGGGCAAUUGCUCGGGACGCCCUUACUGGGAUAAGCCUACUCGUUUCAUGCCGGAAAGGUUCAUGGGAUCUGAAGUAGACUAUAGAGGCCAACAUUUCUGGCUUCUUCUGUUUGGUUCCCCUUGCUCAGAGGGUGUGGAAAAUUUGGAUAUGAAUGAUGUUUUUGGCCUCGCACUGCUGAGAGAAACACCACUUCUUGCUGUCCCAAAGAAGCUGAGCUGA